AUGACCGUGACUGUCUCGGAGGAUGAGGAUGGAAGUCCUGAAUUUUCUAGACCGGUUGUGGAGCGUCCUUUUAUGCCUUUUCGCCUACGGAUGCUCGUAGCUGCCAGGAUGCGUUUAGAGUGUGCGGCCAAUCUCACCAAGCGCCCCACUUCGAACCGUGGCGUGCAUGAAUCUAGACUGGGCCAUCCUUGGAACCAUCUCUUGGCGGUUGCAUCUCAUAUUCAAGAUGUUUACGGUGAUUCACCUUCAACGGUCGUUGAAACGAACGUUGAAAAGUGCAAAUAA